AUGGCAUUGGUUACUUCAACACUUCAUCAUUGUUGUUCUCUCUUUCUUCUCCUUCUGCUUCUUCCUCUCGUUCCCACUGUUUUUACCUACACCAAAGAUGACUGUAACAUAUUGCUGAACUCACCGGCUUCAAUUACAGACCAAGAUAUUAAUCCAUUAUUCACGUGGAAUUCAGUUUGGUUUACUAAGACAAAGGACCAAACCAUAGUUUGGUCUGCAAAUGGCAAUGAUCCAGCACCACAAGGUUCUACACUGACGCAGAAUAGCAGCAGUGCAUUUGUUCUCAAUGACCCUAAUGGCAAUGAGUUAUGGAAGGCUCCAGGGAAUGGUUCCAAAUCCAGUUGUGCGGCUGUACUGGACAAUGGGAACUUGGUGAUCCUAGAUGAGCAGUAUAAUUCUAUAUGGGAAAGCUUCAAAGAGCCUACUGAUACGAUUUUGCCUGGCCAAAUACUGUCCAUGAAUACCACACUCAGGUCUCACCAAUCUAUUACAAAUUAUUCUUAUGGCCGCUUCCAGCUUUCUUUACAGCUUGAUGGCAAUCUGGUGCUUUAUUCUAUAAACAUGCCAUCUGAAGUUCUUAAUCAUGCUUAUUUUGCCACCAUGACAAUGUUCUGGGAAUCACAGUUGAUCUUUACUGAAGCCGGAUACAUGUAUGUCCAAGAUGCGAACAAAUCAACUAACAUUUUCAACCUUACUCAACAAGAUCCAGGCUCAAAAGACUCUUUCUACCACAUGGCUAGGAUUGAUUAUGAUGGGGUCUUCAGAAUAUACAAACACCUAAGACAGCAGGACACAAGUUGUGGAAGCUGUCCUUCAACAUGGGAGCCAGUGCAAGGCAUUCCUGGUAUUACUGAUAUUUGUGGUGUAUUUGAUGCUAAUAAUUUUGUAGGUGGGUUCUGUGGACUCAACGGUGUUUGUCGUACCUCAGAUGCUUCAAGUGGGGGCGGGACAUUUUGCUCAUGUCCUUAUGGAUUUUCUCAAUUGAACCCAUAUGAGGAUUGGGCAGGGUGUAAACCAGAUUUUCCAUUACCCAACUGCGACAAUGGAUGGGAAGAAAAUAAAGGGCAGGUAAGCUUUGUAAGGCUUACAAAUAUGGACUGGCCGUUUAUGGAUUACAGCCUUGUUCAAGGGGCUAAUGAGACAGGGUGUAAGCAGCAAUGCCUUGACGAUUGCAUGUGUGUUGUGGCCAUUUACGAAAAAACAGGUGGCUAUUGUUGGAAGAAGAAGUAUCCUCUGUCCAACGGAAGAUAUAGCACAAAUAUUACGAGAAUAGCUUUCAUCAAGGUACCUAAUAGCUUUGUUCCAGUGAAGAAAAGCCGGUCUGUGAUAGUUGUUUUGGCACUACUCCUUGGCAGCUCUGCAUUUCUCAAUAUCCUUUUCUUCAUAGCUACCAUUGUGGCUAUUAUCUACUUGCACCACAGAAAGCUGAAUUCGCCAUGGAAUAUUGAUAGCACACUUGCAACAAAUGUGAGAAGCUAUACAUAUAAAGAGCUCGAACAAGCAACCAGGGGCUUCAAGCAAAUAGUAGGAAAAGGUGCUUUCGAAACUGUUUAUAAAGCGGUCCUUCCAUCAGAUUCAAAAAGAUUUGUUGCAGUCAAGAAGUUAGGUAAGGUGAUAGAAGAAGGUGAGAAAGAAUUCAAAACAGAAGUGAGCGUGAUUGGUCAGACUCAUCAUAAAAAUUUAGUCCGGUUGCUUGGUUAUUGUGAUGAGGGGCAGCACCGGCUAUUGGUAUAUGAGUACAUGAGUAAUGGCUCUUUAGCUAACUUUCUCUUUGGGAUAUCCAGGCCUCAUUGGAACCAAAGAAUGCAGAUUGCUUUUGGAAUUGCAAGAGGUCUCAUGUACUUACAUGAAGAGUGCUGCACCCAAAUCAUCCAUUGUGACAUAAAACCUCAAAACAUACUUCUGGAUGAAUACUUUACACCAAGGAUUGCUGAUUUUGGAUUAGCAAAGCUUUUGUUGGCUGAGCAAACUCGAGCUGCUCGAACAGGAAUAAGAGGGACGAUUGGGUACUUUGCACCUGAAUGGUUUAGGAAAGCAUCCAUUUCCGUUAAGGUUGAUGUGUACAGUUUUGGUGUGAUGUUACUUGAGAUUAUUUGUUGCAAGUCUAGUAUUACAUUUGCGUUGCAAGCAGAGGAGGCAUUGAUAGAUUGGGCUUACGAAUGCUACAAAGAUAAAAAAUUAUAUAAGUUGAUAGAAAACGAUGAGGAAGCAAGUAAUGACAUGAAGAGGCUAGAGAGGCUUGUGAUUGUGGCUAUUUGGUGUAUUCAAGAAGAUCCUGCACUGAGACCCUCAAUGAAAAAGAUCACACAGAUGCUUGAGGGAGUUAUUGAAGUCUUUGUGCCCCCAAGUCCUUCAUUGUAUAAUCACUCUCCACCUUCAAAAAGUAGUUCCCUUGAGUUUUCAUUCUCCUCAGUUGAAAGGUAA